CUCUUGGUCUAAAACGUUAAAACCCGAAAGCCUUCAAACGAGGGAAGGGUAUAAAGCAGUUGUCUUAACUGGCUACAGCUCUGCUCACAUCUCGGUCAUUCUGAGGCGAACAGACUAAGUUAGAUCGACGGAAUCGACGCAAAUCGAAAGCAAUUGCAGUUCUCCGUGGAAGUUUUUCGCCGCGAUGUCUAAUGAUGUGGAGAAUCCUAAACUUAGUGAGACCAAUAAAGGUCCAGAACUGUCUUCUUCUUUGAAUGAUAAUCAAGCAGCCUGGUAUAAUCCCUUGCUCCAGCGAGCCGAAGUCUAUGGCGUUGCUGCUGGAUACUGCAUUUCAGCAUCUUUGCUCUCCAUAAUUAACAAAUGGGCUGUGAUGAAAUUUCCUUAUCCUGGGGCCUUAACUGCAUUACAGUAUCUCACAAGUGCAGCAGGUGUUCUCAUUUUUGGGCGGUUAAAGUUCAUAGAGCAUGACCGGCUUGACCUUCUGACAAUGUGGCGGUUUGUACCAGCGGCAGUUAUAUUCUACCUUUCUCUCUUUACCAACAGCGAGCUUCUGCUUCAUGCCAAUGUUGAUACCUUCAUUGUCUUUCGUUCAGCUGUCCCAAUCUUUGUUGCAAUUGGGGAAUCCCUCUUCUUGCACCAGCCUUGGCCAUUGAUGAAAACAUGGAUAUCUCUUGCUACCAUAUUUGGGGGAAGUGUGCUCUACGUCUUAACAGACUACCAGUUCACAUUUAUGGCUUAUAGUUGGGCCUUGGCUUAUCUUGUGAGCAUGUCAAUUGAUUUCGUUUACAUUAAGCACGUGGUUAUGACCAUUGGUUUGAACACAUGGGGUCUUGUGCUUUAUAACAAUCUUGAGGCCCUCCUCCUGUUUCCUCUGGAAUUGCUUAUUAUGGGGGAAUUCAAUAAGAUAAAGCAUGAUAUUGCAGAUGAGUCAGAUUGGUAUUCUUUUCAGGUCAUUUUGCCUGUAGCCUUAUCUUGUAUAUUUGGUUUAGCAAUCUCUUUCUUCGGGUUCUCAUGCCGGAGGGCAAUUUCUGCGACAGGAUUUACUGUGCUUGGUAUAGUGAACAAGCUACUUACAGUUGUGAUAAACCUGGUUAUUUGGGACAAACAUUCCACGCUUGUGGGGACAGUUGGCCUUCUCAUUUGCAUGUUUGGUGGGAUUCUGUAUCAGCAAUCUACAAGCAACAAGCCUAAAGCUGUGAAAUAAGCAAAAACACACGAGACUGAAGAAGAACAACAUAAGCUGCUUGAACUUCAAAGCGACCUAAACAGCCACAACAACAACAAUAAAGAGGAAGUCGGCGAAUCGAAUGAAGAAAAGUGAGAACUCUAUUCUGAAGAAGAAUUGUCUUCUGGUGAUAUGUCAAAUUGGAUUGGUUGGGGGGCUGUUUUUUGAUUGGUAUGUGGGGAAUCUUCCAUGGAAUGGCCUUUACAGCCUCUUACUGUAGUUAAAAGCCUGAAUUAGGACUGAACCACAGAAAAUGGAUCAAAUUGAGAAAACCCUUUUUAGUUUUUUGCCUCCACUCCUCCGUAUAUCCAUCUGAUUUCACAGAUCUAACUGUUGAGCUGUUUGGUUCACUGGAAAAUUAGAUCAUCUUCUUUUCUUUGUUGUGUUGAAAAUUGUCUGUAGGAAUGCAAUUCAAUGUAUUGAUAUGGAUGCAAUGUAGCAAUUUAUAUGUAAAAUUGCUUUCUUUUGGAUAAGGCUGGCCCGACCAUCUUACGUGUA